AACAACAACAACAAAAACAAACAACAACAACGAGUACAACCGCUAGCAAAAGUUCUUAAAGAUACUCCGCUCCUCAACGCAAACAGUGUGCAUUGUUUUUUUGGUGUCUGUCGCAAGUGUAUUUGUCCUUAACCUGGCUAUAACAACAACAAUAACUCAACCGCCACAAUAACUGAGAAUCGAAAAUAAUAUAUAGUUAAUACUAUAUGCAAUCAGCCAGACAGUGCAUAAUCUAAACAGAUGCCACCAACGCAAACAAUUGGAUCUAUAUACAAAUAAUAUAUACCACAGUCAUAUCCGAUCUACGAUCUACGAUCUCCGAUCUCUGUUAACGGUCCUUUCCUCGAUCGUUUGGAAUAUCCGUUCGACGGGGCAAGUUGCGCGUUAUUGGUUUUUCUUUUUUUUUUGAUAAACGCCGAGCAACAAGUGUUAAUUAAAAACAACGGAGAGGUGACUGCAGCGUCCACAGAGCCGCAGAUCCAGAGGUCCACAGUGGUGCACAGAGAGGAGGACGAGCACUCAAGGGUGAGGGACAGUAAGUCAGUGUAGAGAGAUUUGAAUCAGGAUCAGCCAAGGAUAUAAAUAACAGCAUCAACGUGGCGCUGCACUCAACGGAAGCCUUAAUGGCGGCGGGCUUUCUCAAAUCAGGUGAUUUGGGCCCACAUCCGCACAGCUAUGGCGGCCCACAUCCGCACCACUCGGUGCCGCAUGGGCCGCUGCCGCCGGGCAUGCCGAUGCCAUCGUUGGGUCCCUUCGGCCUGCCACACGGACUGGAGGCCGUUGGGUUCUCCCAAGGUAUGUGGGGAGUCAACACGAGAAAACAGCGUCGGGAGAGAACAACAUUCACACGGGCCCAGCUCGAUGUUUUGGAGGCGCUCUUUGGCAAGACACGUUACCCGGACAUAUUCAUGCGCGAGGAGGUCGCAUUAAAGAUAAAUCUGCCCGAAUCCAGAGUACAGGUGUGGUUCAAGAAUCGACGGGCCAAGUGUCGCCAGCAGUUGCAGCAGCAACAGCAAUCGAACAGUUUGAGCAGCUCCAAGAAUAGUAGCGGUGGCAGCGGCAGCUGCAGCAACUCCGCCAAUGGUGGUCGCAACAGCAACAAUAACAGCAACAACAACAACAACAGCAGCAACAACAACAACAGUUCAAACAGCAGCAAUAACAAUAACAACAACAACAACAGCGCCAACAAAUCCAGCCAGAAACAGAGCGGAUCUGGCCAAAGCAGCUCGAGCAAUGCGAGCGGCAAUGCGAGCAGCUCAGCAGCAGCCGCUGUUAGCGCUGCGGCCGUUGCGGCGGCGCAGUCCAUUAAGUCACAUCACAGUUCCUUCCUCAAUGCUGGCGCCAACAGUAACAACAACAAUAACAACAACAACAACUCGGCGCCCAGCAGCAGCAGCGGCGGCAGUCACAACAGCGGCCCGGGCAACUCACAUUCGCACAUCUCCGCAGCGGCUGCGGCGGCUGCCUUGAAUGUGACGGCAGCGCAUCAGAACUCAUCGCCGUUGCUGCCGACGCCGGCGACGUCUGUCAGUCCGGUGAGCAUUGUGUGCAAGAAGGAGCAUCUCGGCGGCGGCUAUGGCAAUGUGGGCGGCAACAAUGGCGCCGGCGUUGGCAUUGGCGUCGGCGGUGUGGGCGGUGGUGUUGGCGUUGGCGGCGGCGGUGGCGGUGGCGGCGGCGGCAAUGGCGUCGGCGUUGGCGUCUCUGGUGAUGCACUGCGUUCGCCGUAUGAUACGUUAAAGGAUGCGGGCGGCGAUAUUGGGGCUGGUGCACAUCAUCAUCACAGCAUCUAUGGAACGGCGGCGGGCAGCAAUCCGCGCCUGCUGCAGCCGGGCGGCAAUAUAACGCCAAUGGAUAGCAGCAGCAGCAUUACGACACCCUCUCCGCCAAUUACGCCAAUGUCGCCACAAUCGGCGGCAGCAGCGGCGCAUGCCGCACAGUCCGCGCAAUCGGCAUCGGCACACCACUCGGCGCACUCGGCAUAUAUGUCGAAUCACGACUCGUACAACUUCUGGCACAAUCAGUACCAGCAGUAUCCCAAUAAUUAUGCCCAGGCGCCCAGCUACUACUCACAGAUGGAGUACUUUAGCAAUCAGAAUCAGGUCAACUAUAAUAUGGGCCAUUCGGGUUAUACGGCAUCCAAUUUUGGUCUGUCGCCGUCGCCAUCGUUUACGGGCACCGUGUCGGCGCAGGCAUUCUCGCAGAACAGUCUGGACUACAUGUCGCCGCAGGAUAAGUAUGCGAAUAUGGUGUAGAAUCUGCUGUUCCAGUACUGCAGCAGCUCCGGCGGCAGUGGCGGCAGCAGCGCCAGCAGCGGACG